AGUAUCCGUCCAGCAGUUCUGACUUCCGCUUCAGUGCCGAGCGAGAGCCAUCACUCAGGACGCGUCCGGGUCGGAUCAGAGAGUCAGUCAGCGCGAUUAUAAACUCACGAACGCGCUUCUUCCAAACGGGAAUUGACAAAAGCAGCAUCUCUGAGCCCCUCUUUCCCCUUCUCCUGCUUUCUGGAAAGCUCUGCCGUGCUCCUGGAUAAAGGAGAAGCCGUUUUCCGACAGCUCUUCCAGCAAGAGAAGCAGAGAGCAGUCUCAGAGAGAGGACAGUGGACUCAAUGAGGGAGCCAGAGAGGGAGGAGCAGCUCGACCCCAGCAUGCCCCCUAAAUUUAAGCGGCAUCUGAAUGAUGAGGAGGUCACUGGUUCCAUUCGCAGUGAGCGGAGAAACCUUCUAGAGGAAGACUCGGAUGAAGAGGAGGACUUUUUCCUGAGAGGACCAACAGGACCAAGAUUUGGAGGCCAAAAUGACAAAAUUAAACAGGUGCAGUCUCAGGUGGAUGAAGUCAUUGACGUCAUGCAGGAGAACAUCUCCAAAGUAAUUGAACGUGGGGAACGGCUGGAUGAGCUGCAGGAUAAAUCUGAAAGCCUAUCGGACAAUGCAUCAGCAUUCAGCAGUAGAGCCAAGCAUCUCCACAGAAGGAUGUGGUGGAAAGACAUGAAGAUGAAAAUGAUUGUAGCGCUGGUGGUUGUCAUCCUUCUCCUCAUCAUAAUCAUUCCUGUGAUCUUGCGGUAUCGCUAGUCUCUGGCAAGGAAGUUAGAGGCAUGAUGUACUCUUCCUCCCUCCUCUCCCUCAUCUUUCUGCUGUCAUUCCUCCGUACCAGAGGGAGCGCUGCAUAGGGUUGGGCUGCCCACUGUAUUUGCCUAUUUUGGCAGGAUCUGGAAACAUAACAAGCAGGGGCAGAAUUUAAUUUGUGAGUGUGCGACAAAACACAUCAAGCUCUCAUCAAGGCUCAAACACUGGUGCAGACCAAUCUCUUGUAUGCGCACAAACACAAUGGUUCUUUUCUUGUACAUGCAUCCAGUAAGACUUAAGAAUAUAAAAAAUGUACUAUACACAAUGAAACAUGGAGA